CCACUUCCGGAUGGGGACGUGGCUCGGCGCCGCCAUCUUGUGGGGCUGACCGAGGGGACGCGGAGCGGCUGGGGAGCCAGCGCCGAGCCCAGCGCCCAGCCCAGCGCCGCCGCCGCCGCCAUGGUGCUGUUGGCAGCAGCCGUCUGCACAAAGGCGGGGAAGGCCAUCGUCUCCCGGCAGUUCGUGGAGAUGACUCGGACCCGCAUCGAGGGGCUGCUGGCGGCUUUCCCGAAGUUGAUGAACACGGGGAAGCAGCACACUUUUGUGGAAACAGAGAGCGUGCGGUACGUCUAUCAGCCCAUGGAGAAGCUCUACAUGGUGCUGAUCACCACCAAGAACAGCAACAUCCUGGAAGACCUAGAAACACUCCGACUCUUCUCUAGAGUGAUCCCUGAAUAUUGUCGAGCGCUGGAGGAGAAUGAGAUCUCCGAACACUGCUUCGACCUGAUUUUUGCCUUUGAUGAAAUUGUUGCCCUGGGCUACCGUGAGAACGUAAACCUGGCACAAAUUCGGACCUUCACGGAGAUGGACUCGCAUGAAGAAAAGGUGUUCCGAGCUGUCCGAGAGACUCAGGAGCGUGAAGCAAAAGCCGAGAUGCGCCGUAAAGCCAAGGAAUUGCAGCAGGCCAGGAGGGACGCAGAGAGACAGGGCAAAAAGGCACCCGGUUUCGGUGGCUUUGGUAGCUCGGCUGUGUCUGGGGGCACAACGGCGGCAAUGAUCACGGAGACCAUCAUUGAAACGGAGAAGCCCAAAGUGGCACCAGCGCCUGCCAGGCCUUCGGGUCCCAGUAAAGCCUUGAAACUUGGCGCUAAGGGGAAGGAGGUGGACAACUUCGUGGACAAGCUGAAAUCGGAAGGAGAAAAUAUCAUGACUGCCGUAGGCAAGCGCUCUACGGAAGCAGCCAAAGUUCUUGCUCCUCCCGUUAACAUGGAGAGCGUGCACAUGAAAAUAGAGGAGAAAAUUUCCUUGACUUGUGGCCGUGACGGAGGGUUGCAGAACAUGGAGCUGCAUGGCAUGAUCAUGCUGCACAUUUCCGAUGAAAAGUUUGCACGGAUUCGCCUGCAUGUAGAAAACGAAGACAAGCGGGGAGUGCAGCUACAGACCCACCCGAACGUGGACAAGAAGCUCUUCACUGCAGAGUCGCAGAUCGGUUUGAAGAACCCAGAGAAGUCAUUCCCUAUUAACAGCGACGUGGGCGUGCUGAAGUGGCGGUUGCAGACCACAGAAGAGUCCUUCAUUCCAUUGACAAUUAACUGCUGGCCGUCAGAAAGCGGGAACAGUUGUGAUGUUAACAUUGAAUACGAGUUGCAAGAGGAGAGCCUAGAGCUGAACGACGUGAUCAUCACCAUCCCCUUGCCGUCUGGCGUCGGCGCCCCCGUGAUUGGGGAGAUCGAUGGUGAGUAUCGCCACGACAGCCGGAGAAAUCUCCUGGAGUGGUGCCUGCCAGUGAUAGAUGCCAAAAACAAGAGCGGCAGCCUGGAGUUCAGCAUAGCAGGGCAGCCCAACGACUUCUUCCCGGUGCAAGUCUCCUUCGUCUCCAAAAAGAACUAUUGCAACAUCCAGGUUACCAAAGUGACCCAGGUAGACGGGAACAGCCCUGUAAGGUUUUCUACUGAAACCACCUUCCUGGUGGACAAGUACGAAAUCCUGUAACGCCAGCCGUGGGGAAUCGCAAAGGAAGAAAUUUUUAAAUUAAAAAAAAAAAAAAGAGGCCGAAGUUUAUUCUGAAUGUUGGGAACGCCGCAGCCCCCUCUCUGCUGAGACGCGUGGCUCUGUCUGCCAUCUGCAGCGUUCCUGGGCCACAGACAUUUUUGGCAGAGAAGUGACGUGCUCACGGGGGGAAAGGCUACAAAUUUCUUUGGCAGAUUUUUACCGGCCGGCAGAAAAGCAAGAUCUCCGCAGAGAACCUGGCUUUGACACGUCCCCUUCUCCCCUGCAGACCACCGGAGCUCAGCCCCGGAGCCCACCAGACAUCGUUCUCUUCCUUUCUCAAGCGUCACACGCUGUUCCGUUGUUGGUGCUGCCAUUUUAAUUUCUCCUCGGCCUUCAACUCUCGUUUCCGUCGGUGAAAGCAUUACGAUACCGUGCUGGGGGUCGCCUUGCUUCUCUGGACCCCUCCGUCUGGUGGAAGCGGAGCGAGAUGGCCUCGGUUUCGAAGGUUGGGGGGUUGUGGCAGGGGCGUGGGGUGGGGAAGGGGGACUCGGGGCUUCACUCCUGUCGCCCUGCACGGUUACUGCUCUCUCCGGCCCUGCUGCACGGGGCGGCCCGAGGCCUGGGGGGGCUCUGAGGUAGCACAGGCUGUGGCUCCGGAUGCUCUUGCUCCUGCUGCAGGGGGGAGAGCGGCCGGAAGGGGCUUCCUUGCGCACGGGUGGGCUUUGGAGGCAGUUCAAUGAGGUUAGAACCAGCUGUGUGUCCUUCCUAGGCCCUUUUGGGAGGUGGAGGGCUCUGCCUGCCCCAGCGCAAGCAGCCGCGGGCACCGGGUAACGGCCUGGGUGUCAGUACCUGUCCCAGACUGGUCUCGUCCCUGCGCUUGCGGAUGGGGAGAAUGAAACGCUGGUUUCCGGGAAGCGUUCAGGGCUAAUCCCAGCACAGGCAGCACCCCGGUGUGGUGCGGGCUGUCCCAGAGCCGCUGCUCCUCCUGCGGCCCCCUCCGGCAGAGCUGUGCUCCCCCAGAGCUCCUCACCCACGUCGCGGCCACCCCUGAGGGCUGUAGGGGACGCGCCUGAUGCCGCCGAGGGUCCUGAGCGCCCAGGUGCAAAUCAAACGCCCUCACACCGUACUGUGCUCCCGAGAGAGCCCUGCUGGGGGAGCGGGCUGUCUCUGUUCCCCGGGGUCCUCUGCCAAAGAAGUUGGUGGUCUCUCCUCCCCAGGGGGGCGGGGGGGCAAACCCUGGCCCUAGCGAAGUAGGUGACGAAUCCCGUUAACUCGCUCGCGUUCGAGAGUUGCUUGUCUGUAUGAUUUUAAAAUGGAGGCGAGGUUAGUUCAAGCAUCCAAGGAGCUUUUGUUUCUUUAUUGAAUCUGUCGGAGGGUAAUAUUUAAACCGAGCCGAGAUUCCCCCCCCCUUUUUGUAACCCUGUUCGAUACUGGCCUAGGGCAUAGAGCACAUUCCAGUGUACACAGAAUACGAGUCUUUAAUCAAAUAAAGUAUUGUCAAAGGA